GGUGUAAAACUAUCAUUGGCAAUCCUAGCAGUAUUCCCAGUGGUUGGAGCAGUAUUGGGUUAUAUGCACCAUACUUCGUCUGUAUUCGAUAAAAAGUUGCGAGAAUCGUACAGAUAUGCUGGUCUUGUUGCUCACGAAGUCUUUAUUUCAAUCAAAACAGUCAUGGCUUUUAAUCGUCAAUUCUACGAAUCAGUUCGCUACACAAGCCAUUUGGCAGAAGCGUGUGCUGUACAUCAGCAAAAAUGCAUAUUCGAUGGAUUCGGCUGGGGAUCGUAUUCAUUCACUAUGCUUUGUGCAUUUGCAGUAUCGUUUUAUGUUGGUGGAAAACUAGUCGCUGCCAAUGAGAUUACUCCUGGAGAUGUGCUCAACUCGUUUUCACAGAUUGCUGUCGGUAUCACUGCAUUGGGAAAUAUCGGUCAGGCAAGCAGAGAGUUUCAAUACGGAUUUUUAGUUUUACAUGCACUUUUAGUCCAGCUUGGUCAGUUGGAAGAUCCUGGACAGACUCAUGUUGGUAUUGAACCACCGCGAUUUAUUGGGAAAAUCGAAUUUAAAAACGUCUGGUUUAGGCAAGUAUAUCCAUCACGCAUCAAUCGAUGGGUUUUACAAGAUUUCAGUUUGACAUUAAAUCCUGGCCAAGUUGUAGCAUUUGUUGGGCCAAGUGGAUGUGGAAAAUCUACAGUCUUGCACUUGCUUACCGGCUUGUAUAAACCCGAUUCCGGAACAGUUUUACUUGACGGAGUGGACAUCACCACCAUCAGCACGCUGUGGUUGCGUAAACAUAUGGGAAUAUCAAGUCAAAACUCGGAUUUGUUUGAUGGCUCAAUACACUAUAACGUGAGUCUCGGCAUUCACGGUAAUACAGAUCAGGUAUCCCGAUCAGUCGUGCAGAACGCAUGCAACAUUUCUCAGGCAUCUACAUUCAUCAAUGAGCUUCCAGAUGGAUAUGAUACUGAUAUUUCUGGUUUGCACACUUCUCUAAGUGGUGGUCAAAUUCAGCGUUUAGCCAUUGCUCGUGCCUAUCUUGGAGCUGAAUCUGGAAUGUUGAUUUUAGACGAAGCAACAAGUGCUUUAGACACAUCUACAGAACGGCUUGUCAUGAACUCCUUGAUCGAGUCUCGAAAAAACAAGACAAUACUUUGUGUUUCCCAUCGCGUUGCCUCGCUUACAGAGUUUACUCGCAUUAUUGUAUUCAAGGAGGGGCAUGUUGCCGAAGAUGGAUCAUUUGAAAAACUAACUGAAUCUCAAACAAUAUUCAAAACACUUUUGGAAACUCGCCAAACUAGUGCAUAU